GUCGAGCCUGUUAUUGUGAUGUACAGUUGACGGACCAAUUCUCAAAACAAGUCCGACUGAAUUGGAUUACGGAUAACGUACCCCAGUUACCACCUGUCUGCGCUGCUUUAUCACCAUUUAUUUAUGACAAGAUAAAAAAAACUGUUAAUCUCCAGAGAAGCGUAUCUAUAUUCCAUAUAAUGGCGUCUCGAUCACCAUCUUCUUCCCCAGACUCAGCGACGGGCUCCGGUACUGAUCCAGCUCGCCCUGAUACCGGAGAACCGCUCGGGGGAGGGUCCGAUUCGGAUUCAGAUUUUGGAUUUGAUUGUGGUGCUGCGGACACACCGCUUCGCUUAGAGGGAGCAGAUCUGGAGAACGAGUUUGAAGCAGCAGCAGACCGGGUCAGAGAUCUCGUCCAGACAGCCAGUAGAGAGCAGCUGCUUUAUCUGUACGCCAGGUACAAACAGGCCAAAGUUGGAAAGUGCAAUACACCAAAGCCCGGUUUCUUCGAUUUUGAGGGUCAGAGAAAAUGGUCGGCAUGGAAACAGCUGGAGGACAUGAGUGCAGAGCAGGCCAUGCAGGAGUAUAUAACAUGUGUACAUGUCCUGGAUCCAGACAGUGGUCAGAAGGAGCGAAGGGGAGGAGAGAAACGAAUUGGAUUUGGUGGGCCUGCAGUUAGCUCUCUAUACCAGGAGGAAAUGAUAAGGGAAGAGGACAAAAACAUUUUCGACUACUGCCGAGAGAACAACAUCGAACACGUCAGCAAGGCCAUCAGCUCUAAGAAAGUGGACGUGAACGCAAAAGACGAAGAGGGUCGAGCUCUUCUGCAUUGGGCGUGUGAUAGAGGCCACAAAGACCUGGUGUCCCUGCUCCUGCAAAAUAAUGCUGAUAUCAAUUGUCAGGAUGGUGAAGGGCAGACUGCACUACACUACGCCUCAGCUUGCGAGUUUGCAGAAAUUGUGGAGUUACUCCUAAAAGCCGGAGCUGACCCAUGCAUUAAAGAUCUUGAAGGAUCUCUUCCAGAGGAGGUGACAGAAUGUAGCGCCAUCUCUUCUCUUUUGCGCCAGUACACGGCUCCUAAAGGCUAAAUCUUACUUUUAUGAAACCCACACAAUCACAUGCAGACCAUCUAGUUAAACGUCCAUAAGUGCUCCUCAUCCAGAUGGUACAUUCGUACUGUCAAACCAACAAUAGAUCCAGAACUAAACACAGUCUUGAGCUAUUGUUGUUACUCUUCCAUUUGGCUGUGGACCACAGAUAUUAUCCAUUCAUGCUGUUAAGUUCACAAAACCUGUCCUCCCCCAUCCCAGAAUGGUACAUUCCGAUGAAUGUGUUAUUAUUACAAUAAAAGAACUUGAAUCUUAAAA